CGCUCAACACAAACUCAGUUUGAUGGGAAGAACAAGGAAACAACUUAUGUCUAUUGUCAAGUAACCCUCACCUGCAUCUCGGGUGGGCAAUUUAAUGGCCAGCCAGGACACCUUUUUCAAAUGAAGAUCACAAAAACUCGUGCUAGUGGUCCGCUCUUUCAGAAAGCUGCUGCUGACAUGGCUCGUGAGGAAGGGUUUGAUGGAUGGGAUGCGGAGAUACAAAAAACAUUUACUAAAAACAUGGGAGGGUGGUUCAUGUAUUUCCAAGGAGACGAUGGAGCUAUUCCUGUUGAGUUCCAUGCCAAGGAGGACGACCCUAGUAGUAUCAACUUCAAGAAGAGGAUCAUUGCUGACAUACAAGCCGAUUUUAAGAUGAAAGGCUCAAGAAAGGAAGCUGAUCCAACAUCAGCUCACAGAUCAAGAUAC